ACGAACGUCAUUUCUGGAAAAAUAAAAUAAAAAUUUUCUUUUUAUGAUAUAUCAACGCUCUUUUUAUCUUGUGAGAUGAAAUAAUAAAAAAAGAUGUAUAACCUAAUUAUUUCGGUUGUAGCAGUUUUGCUAUGUGUGGCUGUCUUAAACUUUUUGAAGUAUUUUUUCAUCAGCAAGAUGAGAAUUGAUGAUAGAGAUCAAAAGAAGAAACCCAAACUCUCUACAUAUGAAGUUCUCACACUGCUCAGAGAUUUAAAGCCUUUCCCUAUAAGUGUUCACAAGGGUUGGAAGUUACAUUCAUUUCGUCACAACAGUAGAGUAUGGUGCCAAGAGAUAUCCGUAAACAGCAAAAGCUCAAGUGUUGAUGUUUACGCUGCCUACACAAAAACCAAGAUACCAGCCCAGUUAGUUCUACAAAUUCUGAAAGAUAUUUCUAAAACAUCAAGCUGGAAACCAGGUUGCCUAGCAACCAGCAUCACAUCAAGACCAAUGGAGAGUGAAGCAGGAAUUAGAACUAAGAGCACUAUGGGUAAUUUACCGGUGCAACAUGACAUAGUGAUAGAAGAAACCAGUCCAGAUACUACACAUAGCUAUGGCAUAUGGUCACUGAUCUCACAUGAAAAUAGAUCUCUUCAGACAGUACAAAAGGAACACAGAAGAUACUGGCAUAGGGAAGACAAUGGUGUAUGCUGGCAUCUUCAGAUGUGUGAGUCUCACCAGGAGUGGCUCUUCUUCCUUGCACAACCUGUGGAAGAUGUAGAGGAGUGUUUAUUGACGGUGCUAGGUUAUCAAGACAGAGAGAACCGUAUAACUACUGCCAGUUAUGUCUCGGAGGCACUCAGUUCAUUCACGGAAUAUAUCCAGUACCGAAAACUAGCUGCCACCCCACUAGUCGAAAUAAAACUCCCUUCACCUCGGUCAGAAAAGGUGUUAAGGUCAUACAGUUCAUCUGAAGAUGUAACAAGUCCGGGAAGAAAGAUGUUUUUACGAUUUCGAUCUCUAGUUGAAAAACCUUCAUUUGGUGCUGAUAAAUUAUAUUCUCCAAAGCAGCAGAUUAUUCGUUCUGCUUCCAUUUUGAAACAUAACAGUCCAACGUUUUCAAAUGGGCUAGACAUUAACAAGUCUGUAUCUGAUACAUUGAAAACUAGUUCUCUUGAUAGAAGGAAGGAUAUGCCAAAACUUGCUACAAUAAAAGAUGCUAAUGUAAAUAACAAUGAAGAUGAUGACAUAAGUGGGAAUUCAGCAAGCAAUAAAACGGUCAUUGAUGCACGCCAUGCAGACAUGGAAGAAAGAAAAAAUGAAAUAAACAGCAGUUCUAGUGGAUCUGCAGUGUUUCAAGAAGCUCAGAGUGUCAGCGACUCCAGUGCCUCAGAGACUGGAGGUGGUAGGGUAGAUGUAGAGAAAGAAAGGAAGGAAGAUAUAGACAGGAUUCUUGAUGCAGAUAUAAAUGCUGAAGAAGAAUUUGAAAAAUCCACAGAAAAUCUGCUCAAAUCUACAGAUUCUAAAGAGGACAUUUAUCACAUAGUCCAAGCCAAUCAGACAGCGGCAGAACUUCUUGCAGUUGCACUUCAAGCUUCCAACAUAGAUCUGAGCAAGUCAGUACAUGAUCAAGUCGUCAACUCAGGAGGAUGGAUGUUUUGUGGCCUUGAAAAUGAUGUUGUUGUUUUGAAGAAAGUUUCAAUUAAAGAAAACCUUCACUGUUACCUUGGAAAAGGAAUCAUUCAAGCGGAUCCUCGAGCUGUUUGGAACGCAAUAAAGAAUCCCCGUACAAAGUUCACAUAUGAUGACAGCCUUAAGAAAGUGGAUGUUUUGGAAAAAGUAUCUGACUCUAUCAAAAUUGUAUAUUAUUACCACGAGGUGCUUCAGCUGUUCAAGACAGAGUGCUGUGACAUGAUAGUUAUGCAGAGUGAGAGAGUGGACAGUGGAGAAAAAUAUAUCCUGGCAUUUCAGUCAACAGAAAGAUCAGGAGUUACCCUGCCUGAAAAUACUACCAGAGUUAAGGUGCUUCCUAGUGGUUGGAUUCUAGAACCAGUUAGCAAGGAGAAGAAAAUAUUCACCAUGGUUACCUACAUAAUGCAGAUUGAUUUUGGAGAUAUGCCCCUCAGAGCUGACAAGUCCCCAUUUGAAGAUCUCAUAUCCAAACAACCAAUGAGCAUCGCUUAUCUUCGCCAGUAUCUUCGCGGAUGUGUUUACCACAAAUAAACAUUCAGCAUCGCCUAUCUUUGCGGAUGUGUUUACCACAAAUAAACAUUCAGCAUCACCUUUCUUUGCCAGUAUCUUUGCAAAUGUGUUUACCACAAGUAAACAUUCAGCAUCACCUGUCUUCGCAGAUGUGCUUAACACAAGUAAACAUUCAGCAUCGCCUAUCUUUGCCAGUAUCUUCGCAGAUGUGUUUACCACAACAUUGCCUGUCUUUGCCACAAUCUUAAUGGAUGUAUUUACAGAAUAUAUCAGAAUAGAUGCUGAUGUGUAAACUGUUAAGUUUUAUUAAGUAGACUUUCAGCACUGCCAAAAUUGAACAUCUGUGAGUAUUUAUUUUCUACAAUAGAUCAUGAAACACCUGGUCAUCUCUGAAGUUAUUAACAUUCAAAAUCUUGAUGGGUUACUUUACAGCUUGUGAACAUUAAACUUUUGGUGUCUUCAGGUAUAUCUACUUCACAAGUAAACAUUGUGCCUUUUGACUGUCAUUGUUAUAAAUUGGAGUUUUGGUCACUGGAUAUGCUUACCACAAAAAAAGUGUUGAUCGCCUUUUUCUGCCAGUGUCAGUGUGGAGAAGGUAUAAUACUCCUGAUGGACUAUAAACUUUGCUGUUUUGUAGAUAAACUGUGGCUAGUUACCACAGGGUCAUUGACUAUAGUUAUCGAUACCGCCAUACAUAAAUGUUAAAAGUAAAUUCAGAAACACCCAGCCAUGUAUACAUUAUCAUUUGACUGCUCUAUCGAAGUCAGCAAAUUUUAGACCUCUCUCAACAACUGUAGGAAAGUUGUAUUUUGUAUUAAUUUAGUUGUUACUUUUUCAGUGUUAUUUGUUGGGUAUGGACAAUUUGACAAAAGAGAUGGAAAAAUCUUAAGUAGUAUCAUUAACCCUUUGCCUGCUGGCGGCAGUAAUUCUGCCUUUGCGACCAGUGCAGACCAAGAUCAGCCUGCACAUCCAUGCAGUCUGAUCAUGGUCUGCACUGUUUGCUAUUCAGUCAGUAAAUUUUCAGUAAACACCCCUUCGAAUAAUAAAUGGUAUUGCCCAAAUUGAAUGAUGGACCAGUCCAUUAUAGAAAUUUAGCAGGCUAAGGGUUAAGGGAGGGAAUACUGUACUGUGUUAAUACUGUUACAUGAAACAGUUCAGAACCAAUGCAGGUGAUAGUUCUGUGAAUGUGACAUGAAUCAGAAACAAGGUUGUCAAAAAAUUAGCAUAUAACUACAUGUAUUAAGGAGAAAAUGAGAAAUAAAUCUUUGCAUUCUUCACAUUUAUGAUGCAUCUCUUUUGUACCUUGCUGUGGCAUUAUUAAUUUUGACAUUUAACUUACUGAUAAUCCAAAAAAAAACACAUUGCGAGGGUUGAACACAGAACUGUCGUAACUCAUGUUAAGUAAGGAAGGAGUUACAACAGUUUACGUUCAGCUCUCGAUUUUUAAAGACAACGUUAUUUACCAUUGCUUGUUGAAGCUUUGUGUAUAGGCCAAUAUUUCAUGGCAUUCUUGCCUUGAUUUCAUUAUUGUAGGAAUAUUGUUCAAUGUUAUAUAUAGAGAUUAUUUACCUACCCUGUGAUCAUGUAUAUUUUUGUUGAUGAAGUAUGGACAGGUGUCGGAACACUUGCAGACAGUCUUGAUACCUUGACACUACAGUAAUUUGACAUCCCUGAAGUGAAAAUAUCUUCAAUGAAUAAAAAACGGCAUGUUUUAGAAAACUUAAAAAAAUACCUUUGUAUCCUGUUUUACUGAUUUGUCACCAAAAUUUUCCCAGUUCAUACAGAAGCCUCAUAGCUAAAGAUUUUAUAUUCUGACAAUACUAAUUGUCAUAUAUUUAUAGAACUGAAAGUUAUUUUAUGAAAUAUAUAUGUGCCUUUUUACAUUGUCAGUAAUGAAAGGUUGUAUUUGCUAUUAUGGCUUAUUUUCUAUAAAGUUAUUGUAUCCAAGAUCACAUAAUAUGCAGUAAAAAUGGGAAUGAGGCAAAUAGAUGAAAUAUUUCUAAAACUGACCAGGAGAUGGACUGUUUGUAACAGAUACGACCUUAUAUUAUUCACAAAAUGCUAUUUUUGGUUCAGUAAAAAGGGUUAUAUGUUUCAGGUCAUUUCCCUUUCAUUGUAGUUUUAAAAGAAUGUGUAGGUCCUGAAACAUUGUAAGUAACCACUUAGCACCUCAUAUUUUAGGGGUGUCAAUUUAUACUGCAUCAUAUCGAAAUGUUUGUGAUAUGUAUUUUUUUAAAUUAUCAGGUUUUCAUAAAAUGAAUUACUGAAUCCAUAGUCACAGUUCAGUGGUAAUCAAGACCCAUAGUCUUUAUCAAAGCCAAAAUUAAUACAAAUGAGCUGCACCAUGAGAAAACCAACAUAGUGGUUUUGCAACCAGCAUGGAUCCAGACCAGCCUGCACAUCCACGCAGUCUGGUCAGGAUCUGUGCUGUUGGCUAAAGGUUUCUCUAAUUGCAAUAGGGUUUGAAAGCGAACAGCAUGGAUCCUGAUCAGACUGCGCCGAUGCGCAGGCUGGUCUGGAUCCAUGCUGGUCACAAACGCACUAUGUUGGUUUUCUCAUGGCGCGGCUCAAUUAUAGACUAAGUUCAUUAUUCCUUGGAGAGUACAUGCCGUCAGUUUGAAACAUAAUGCAUUCUUUUCUGUAUUUCAUGUAGUGGUACACAACUGUAAGUCUAUAGUUUUUUUGUGUGUGUUUUUUUUUCUGUCAUCAUUUUUCUAUGAGUUAGUUUAGCUAUGUUGUGGUUCAAAUGAUAGGAAGGAGAGUAGAGGUCUUAAAAUGUAAUAUGGUCAGUGUGUUUUACAAAGAGAAGAAAAAUUAACUUUGUAUAACAGGUAUAUUUUAUUUAAUAUGGUUUUUAAUUUAGUUUUUAAGGUGAAAUGAUCUGAUUAGAACUAUGUAUUUUACUUUUAGUUGAAAUAUGUUAAUGUUAAUAUACCAUUUAAUCAUGAAAUGGGUUAAUUAUGGUUCAGUGGUUUAAGUUUUGCUGCCUUCAUGUCACCAUCUUGUAACUUGCAGACACUCAGAAACUUGUUAUAAUGAAAUUGAAAAUUGGCUAUUGUAUCAACAGAUUUUAUAGAAUACAGCUUUUUUUUUAAAAAAAAGCAACAAAAAAAAAUCAAAAAUCACCCUUUUAUACUUUCAAACUGUGAAAUUAUACAUUUUAAAAGAAAAUUUGGCAUGAAAAAAGAUUACUUUUCUCUAUGGUGAAUUUAUCUGAUAAAGAUUUAAUUUCAGUUGUAUGAUAAUGUAUUGAAAGUGAUUUUUUUUUUGCCCUGUGUCAAAAUGCAUGGGAUAGUUUGUUUUUUUAUAUUCCUUACAAGCCAUAACAAAUUGUGUUGCUUACUGUCUUCCAUACAUUUUAUAUGCAUGUAUUUUGUGUUUUUGUUUCCGAAAAUAUUGAAAAAUAUUCAGGGUAUGAAGAUAUUAUUAGUAUAUAAAUUUUUGAAAGGGUCAUAUCUGAAUGAAAUAUUAUGUUGUUUCUAUGUGUUGAACAAAUUUUGCAAAUGUACAUCAAAAUAAUUGUAUAUCUAUGUUUUAUUGUUGCCUGAAUACUGGAUCCAUAGACAUCAGUAUCAUACUUGUGUAGUGAUUAUGAUGCUUUUUGCCCAGUUUUUAGAACUUUUGACAUUUGUAAUAAUAAAUGGUAAAAUAUGUUUGUAAAAUAUUCAGCAGUCUACCCUGAAAUGUAGGUUAACUUCAGUUUGCAUUUCAUGUGAUCAUUUUAUUUUGCUCAGUGUUCAGUUUUAACUCUUACACCUGUAUGAGUGUAAUAGACUUAUCUGUUCAGUGUUUGUAUGACCCAUGCAUCAGACUAUUCCAUUGAUACAGGGUGGAAGGGUUUGAAUGUUGUUUUAUAUAUACCCGGUAUGAUUUUGCUAAAAUUUUAAACAAUUCCAAUAGGAAUACACAUGCCAUAAAUCAUACAGUAUACAGGCUGCCACCAAAAGAGCUCUCCACUUGGUUUUAUUUAUAUUUCUUUAAUUCAGAUUCAUUCCCUUUCAGUUUAGGACAGAGACAGUGUGAUAUUUGGUACUUUUAUCGAAUGGCUUGCCAGUAAAUGUUUUGACUAUUGAAUGACAGGUCAUUCAGUAAGUGUUUUAUUACAUGACGGAAAUAAAUUGUGGUUUGUAUUUUCUUCAAGUUUUGACUUUAGCCACAAAAAAAUUGGUGUUGAACCAUAGACCAGACAAUAGCACAAACUAUGGACUGGUGAUUUUAGUCAUAUAAUAAUAUGUAUCAUGCAAAACACAAAAUAUAUAACAUGAAGCAUUUUCAGUUUUAGAAAUUCGUGAAGGUUAUGGAAAGUUUCAUGAAAACAGAAAAAUUAUGUGAAAAUUACAGUUUGUACAUAGAGAAUCAUUGAAGGAAGUGAACUUCUACUGUCACAGUAAUUUUUGACAUUAUGGUUUCUAUUGCUGGACUAAAAUUCUUCCAUUUUCAUUGAAAAAUUUCAAAUUCAAUACAGGCACACCUGUAAGACAAGUCACUUAUAAGCCAUGUAUUCACAAAAUCUCCUUGUUCCUUAGGCAAACCAUAAAUACUUAAUAACAAUUUAGGAGUAUUAACAAAUUCAGGUGGUUAUUUUCUUUUUGGGACAGCCUGCAUGUAUGUCAGUUGAAGGUGCUAAACUUUAAUACGUUUGAGAUUUUUUGUCAAUGUUAAGUCAAAGUUUAGGUGCCUUAUGUAUAAUCUGCUUUAGAUUGUGUUCAAGAUUAAUUUUAAAAUGUAUCAUGACACAAGUUAUCGUAUUUAUUGAAAAAGUCAUUUACUGUGUAUAUAUGUCAUAUGUAUGUAUUCAUGUGUAUUCAAAGAACUUAUGAGUCAUCUUCUUAAAAAGGUUUACAUUAAUACUUUGUAAAAUACUUGUAAACUUUUUCUGACUUAUAAUUUGAUGUAUAUUCACACUUUUUGUGAAGGAAGUAUCAGAAAAUGAUUUUAUUGUAAUAAUUCACAUAUUUGACUGUAGAAUUCAUUACACAACAAAACGAUUUUUUAGGAUGGGGGUUUUCUUGUGAUGACUCUAGUUGAUUGAACUCUAGUUGAUUGAAUUGCUUUAAUUUAAUGAAUUUUAUAUAUCUUGUAGGAUGCCUUUACUUAGAUCAGUAAUUGCCCAUUUCAAUAUUACAAGAAAAUGAUGCAUUAGUAAGCAUGAAAACUGCAUCAUUGUUAAAAUUUGGCAUAUUUUGAUUUACUUAAUAGCAAGAACACAUCUUGACUUGCGACAAAUUUGUUUAUUUAGACAGAUUCAACACUGCCCAUUUUGUUUUCAAAGGAAAUAUGAAUUUCUGUUUCAGGUCCAAGGAAAAUAAAAUUAAUGUUUAAUUUCUCAAAAUUCAUGCAAUACAGGUUUAUAGGGUAUAUAUGGGGUCAUCUUUCAGUUGAUCAUGUGUUUAGUUGAUUGCAAAAUGUUUGUGGAGUCAACUACUUCGGAAUCCACAGUUUUUAAGGGAUCUCAAUGUAACCUCACACAUUUUUGUCUUACGUGGACUGAUGUGGGGGCACCCAUAAACCUUUUUAGGUUUUAGUGCUAACUGCUUCAAAAUUUUAAGGGAUUUCAAUGGUACUUUACACAGGUGAUCACCAUGAAGAGUAGUUUUGUGUUACAUUUUUUCUUGUAUGGACUGCGGUACCCAUACCCCUUAAGGUUUUGAGGCAAAUUGACUCCAGAGUUCUAAGCAUAUCCCAAUGUGGAAUGUAACACAGGUGAUCACCAUGAAGAAAAGUUGUGUGACAUUUUUUCUUGUGUGUACUAAGGUACCAGUACCCCAUAAGGUUUUGAGGCAAACUGACUCCAAAGUUCUAAGAGGUUAACAGAGGUAUCACUGAGAAGAGUAGUUGUAUGUAACUUAUUUUUCUUAAACAGACCAGGAUUUGGUAUUGGAGCACCAAUACCCCCACAAGUUUGAAAAAAUAGUUUGUGGAGUAAACUUUCACAGUUUUACGGGGAUUCCACUGAAACUCCAUACAGUUGGUUAGAUUGAUGUGUGGCUGAAUGUGACAUUGGAUUGGGACACUAGGGCACAUCAGAUACUUAUUUAUUGUUAGUUUUUAAAAACAUUUUUGUCUGUAUAUUGUCAACUGGUAACAUAUUGUUGGCAUGCAAUAUCUGUUGCUUUUAUUUGUAUUCUUAGUUAUAUUUUAGGUGUGCACCCUUGAACUUUCCUUUCCAUUGUCAAAGCUGUAAUCGGGGGUAUUUGUCACAUUUUAGCUGCUUUUAUAGCUGUGAUGAUGUAUAUAGUUUUGAUAUGCUAGAAAGAGUGAAUUCACCCAUAUUGUUCCUGUUGAUACACCCACCUAUAUAUAUUAGUCCAUUCCUUUGCUUGUUUUAAUGUCAAAAUGAAUAUAAUUUAAAACUACCCAUUCAUGGAAAGGUUUUUAAUCUAAGUGUCUUAUUUUACACAAAAUAUUUACAAAAAGUGAAAAUUUUUACUUUUUCAUUUGUCCAAAAAUCGUUUGGAUAUAUUUUUUUUUUCAAAACAUUGUUUGAUAUUUUACGUGGAUACUGAACUUUGAUAUACAAUUUUAUUCCAAAGACCACUUUUCCAAAACACAAUUUACAGGGAAUUUCAUUUUACCUGAAUUGUGAAUUAAUUCUAAGCAGCUUCAGGUCUUACCCAGUGUUUGUUUUUUUCCAAGACUGUGUCACAGUAAAGUGGACUAACUUAAGGUUCAGGAGUCAUUUUGAACAGUAUGAUGGAAUAAAACUAAUAUUGAAUUCUUAUAGAAAUAUGAUAGUUUUCAGCAAGAUAAUUUUACAGAUUCAUAUUAACUUGGCCCCUCUAUACAAGGUAUAUAAUACCGGAUGAAAACUAAUCUGAAACUGCCUAAUAAAAUGUUCUAAAUUUGAUUAAUUGAAGGUGAAAUUUUAGAAUUUAAAUUUUACCUAUCAAUAUUAAGAUUCAAUUUUGAUUCCAAGUUGGGUAAAAGCUGACAGUGCAUUAAUAAGGAGUUCUGAUGGGUAUAUAUGCAGUAUUCAGUAAAUGAACACAAACACUCAUUAUAUUGAUAAAUAUUUUAUAUUAAAGUCAUACCUUUUACUGUGUAACCAGAUAAACUAUCAUUCUGUUUAGCAGUCAGAGUUACCAGUACAUAAAAAAUGGAAUGUUAGCUACCCAACAGGCAUUCUUCAUGUAAAAAAAUUGUAAAUAUGGUUUGUUGUAAAAAUGUAUCUAUAAUGUAGAUUUUAAUGUAUUUGCUGCUAUAUCAAUAUAACGGUAUGUUGUCACCAUGUUUCCAUCAUCUGAGCCCUAGUAUCAACAACUAACUGUAUUCUCCCCCCCUCCCCCACCCCGCCCAACUCAUCAUGUUCCUGUACAUUCAAGCCUCCGUAUCAACAAAUAGCUGUAAUUUUCCCCUGUUCCCCAACAUUCAAAUCUCAGUAUCAACAAAUAGCUGUAAUUUUUCCCUGUUCCCCAACAUAUAAAUCUCAGUAUCAACAAAUAGCUGUUAUUUUCCCCUGUUCCCCAACAUUCAAAUCUCAGUAUCAACAAAUAGCUGUACUUUUUCCCUGUUCCCUACAUUCAAACCCCAAUAUCAACAAAUGGCUGUACUUUGCCCCUUGUUCCCCAACAUUCAAGCCUCAGUACCAACAAAUAGCUGUACUAUGUUCCCUGUUCCCAAACCUUUCAUUGUAGAUGUACUUCUCCCCUGCCCUGAACCUUCCUGCCCUUUUAACAUACAUAGCUGUACUUUAUACCUGUCCCCCAACAUUCCAGUCCCUUUAUUUUUCAUUCCCCUGUAUCAUUAUUUAACAGUACUUUACCAUUUUUUUUCAGAACUACCAGCCCCCGUAUCAAUGCACUGUACUGAGAACAAUGCAAAUAAUCAAUGCAAAUUAUUGAAGUCUAUAACAUAUAUGUAUUUUAAAUACCACAUUAUAUAAAGGGAUCUUAUUGUGCUGGCAUAAGAAUAUAUCAUUUUGAGCGAUCAGUAACUGGUCAUAUUAAGUUAGUAGGCAAGUGUUUGAACUAUUUGACAGGUAAGCUUUAGUGAGCUUACUGUAUUUUUACCGCACAAGCCUAUUUACCAUAACACUACCAGAUACUGAUCUAAUAAUUCUUUUAUUAUCAUGUUGUUAAGUCAUUGUUGAAAAGUCUUCCAGGGUUUUAAACUCAUUCGAGCAGAAGUCCCCGGAUAAGCUAUUACAUGUUACAUGUAGUUUGUUUGGGUAUUUUGUUUGCUUUCCAUUUGUCACCAGACUGAUACUAGAAAAAAACAAAACUUCUUCUCAUUUAAGAAAUGGUGUAUCUCCAUUGCACUUUUUCUGUUGCAUUCUCUCUUAGAUCCUUAUUAUUACAUAUUUUCUUGAACUAUUAUCACCUUUGUUCAAAAUACUAGGCUGCAGUGCAUUAAGUGUAUGUCAGAGUUAUAAUUGAGUUUGUUAUGGACAUCUGUAGGCAUGCCCCUUUAAAGUAAAUUGAUGUAAAUGAGAUGUGAAACCAAAAUUUGUAGUCCUGUUUGGCGCCAUAUAACCUAUACUGUGUUGGUGCGCCAUAAAACCCAAAUAAAUAAAUUUAAAGUAAAUUGUUAUGUUAUAUGCCCCUUUAAAGUCAAUUUUGAUGUGAUAUCCCGUUUAAACCAAUUUUGAUGUGAUUUCCAUCAGGAGGUAUGCCUCUCUAAAGUCAGUUUUAACGUUGAGGAAAUCUACACCUAAAAUAAUUUAUAAACAGGAUAUAAGACAUUACUUUGUCUAGUUGUUACUUUUUUAUUUAUGGCUCAUUCUUACCACUGUAUCUGUGUACAAAAAUGUCAAUACCAUUGUUUUGUAACUUUUAUUUAUGUUACAAGAUUGAAUUAAUGAAUUUUUUUUUUAACAUUUAUUUUAUUGCCAGUGAAAUGUGAUAAGAUACGAGACACAAAGUUUUUUAUAUCAGUUUCAAAAUUUUCAUUUCCUUGUAUAUACAUAUAUAUAGUACAAAAACAUAUGAAUAGAACCAUUUAUUAAUUAGGGUUUUGGGCUUCCAUAGAUAUGUAACAAACAUAGUUUAUAUUUAAGUUAGUGCUGUAGUUUAAGUUUUGUGAUGUUAAUUAACCAUUAGCCGGCUAAAUUUCUAAAAUGGACUAGUCCAUCUUGGGCAGUACCAUUUAUUAUUUGAAUGGGUACUCAUUGAAAAUGUACUGACUGAAUAGCAAACAGUGCAGAGACCUUGGCCUGCACUUGUUGCAAAGGCAGAAUCACUUGACACCAGCAGGCUGAAGGUUGAGAAAACUUAAAAGUAUUUGCUCAUUUAAGGAAAGGCUGAUCUUCAAGUUGUACUUAAUUGUAAAACAUUAAAUUGUCUUUGUUCCAUCAUUUUUUUUUUUUUAGAUGAAAUAAAUUUUAAGGCAAGUCAAGAAGUGAAUACAAUAUUUAUGUCCAUUUGAAAUAUGAAGUACACAAUCAUGGUAAUUUAAUGUAAAGAUUACAUUUUCAGAUUAGAGAAUCAUUUCUUAUUGAAUGUAAAACAUUUAGAGUACACAGGGUUUUUUUAUGCCCCCGAAGGGAGGCAUAUUAGUUUUCAACUGUCCGUCCGUUAGUUUGUCACACCAAUGUUAACUUUUUGCAUGAAGGCACUUUACUCGCAAACCACUGCACCCAGGACCUUCAAACUUCACAUGCUGAUAGUACUUAUUGAGUACACGACCCCUACAGACUUUGAGGUCACCAGGUCAAAGGUCAAGGUCACAGGGGCCAAUGUUAACUUUUUGCAUGAAGGCACUUUACUCACGAACCACUGCACCCAGGACCUUCAAACUUCACAUCCUGAUACUACAUAUUGAGUACACGACCCCUACUGACUUUUGGGUCACCAGGUCAAAGGUCAAGGUCACAGGGGCCAAUGUUAACUUUUUGCAUGAAGGUUCUUUACUCGCGAACCACUGCACCCAGGACCUUCAAACUUGACGUGCUGAUAGUACUUAUUGAGUACACGACCCCUACUGACUUUGGGGUCACCAGGUCAAAGGUCAAGGUCACAGGGGCCAGUGUUAACUUUUUGCAUGAAGGCUCUUUACUAGCGAACCACUGCACCCAGGACCUUCGAACUUCACCUGCUGAUAGUACUUAUUGAGUACACGACCCCUACUGACUUUGGGGUCACCAGGUCAAAGGUCAAGGUCACAGGGACCAAUGUUAACUUUUUGCAUGAAGCCACUUUAUUCGCGAACCACUGCACCCAGGACCUUAAAACUUCACAUGUUGAUAGUACUUAUCGAGUACACAACCCCUAUUGACUUCGGGGACACCAUGUCAAAGGUCAAGGUGACCAGGUCAGAGGUCAAGGCGCUGCGGGGGCAUUUGUCACCAUUAGUGACAGCUCUUGUUUUUAUAUUGAUCAUACAUUCUGGCCGAAUUAGUCUUAAAUGUUACUCUAUAAUUUUAUCUUUUACUGUUUUUGUAAUUUUUCAUUUCCUCACACUUACUUUUCACCUUAGAAGUUUCCUUAUGUCCCUCUUGUUUGACCACGGUGAAAAAAAUUCUACAAGGGUAUUGUUCAAUAUAAACAUUUCCUUUUUCAUGCAUGCAUGGAUAAAAGCAACAUUGCAUAAACAUUAAACAUAACAUGCAUGGAUAUUAAAAAAACAUUGCAUAAAUGUUCAACAUAACAAGCUGAUAUAUUAUAUGGACUCAUUUUAUUUGAAUUGCUUCCCUUUUAUAUGAUGAAGUAUUUCAUUGCAUUUUUUUCUUUACAUUCCCUUCUAUUUAAAAAAUGAAAUAUUAUUAGACACGUUUUCUUCUAUACGAAUAGAUUUUAAAAAAAAAGAACAGUAGAUAUUCAAAACCCAAACAUUUUGCAUUGUAAAACUGUAUAAUUACUGGUAUAUAACAAUAUUGUGUGGACUGGUAUAUCAUUGACGUUGGUUGGCCGCCCUGAAUAUGGAACCCCUACAAGCAGACUUAUUAUCUCAGCUGCAGAUCUGAUAUCUGUCAAUGAUAUACCAGUUUGUUUUUUGUUUGUUUUUUUUUUAAUUAAACUUAAAAAAAAAACCUGGUAUAUCAUUGACAGAUAUCAGAUCUGCAGCUGAGAUAAUAAGUCUGCUUGUAGGGGUUCCAUAUUCAGGGCGGCCAACCAACGUGACUUUUGGAUACUGUACACAAGGAGAAAAUAUCACUUUUCACAUGGCAUUUUGCCUAUAUUUUCCCUAUUACUUGACAGAUUUUCAUAUGAUAAUUAAAGAGCAUCGAAGACAGCAAAAUGAGUUUUCGACACAGUUAGUCCACGAAAAGCAGUUGGGCUAAGUGUUUGAGAAAAGUACUUAGACCUCAUGGCAGAGGCUUUGUGUAAAGGAAAGCACAUAUUUUUUUCUGUCAUCGACACACUUUGUUUUAUGAAAAUCUGUCAAGUAACUAGGGAAAAUAUUGGCAAAAUGUUACCUUCUCCGUGAGUACGGUAUCCAAAAGGCCACCCUGAUAUUGCAUGGUAAUACUUAGUCAUGUUUUUACUUCAGUGCAAUAUGUAAAAUAUGGGCAAUCUCACCUUGACAAUUUAUGACAUGUCUUUCCUAUGAGGAAACUAUCAUGUGAUUUUCAGGUGCAAAAAAUAAUGUUUAUAUCAGACAAGUAAACUUUGAAAUAGGAAACUUAAUCACAAUUUUUUACAUUACCUUUGAUCCCCUUUAUAGCUUAUUUAUAUCAUAUGUUUCUUUUAUUUCUAUACAUGUAUUUCAAAACAUUCAUGCACUCUUUAUUUAUAGACCAUAAUAUUGAAAAUAAAAAUAGAUAUACUUUAAUUUCCUGUCGAUAAACUAAAUGUCAUUUUACCUGAUUUGCCGUAAAAGAUGGUGUUUUUUUUUCAAAAUAAAAACAGAUUUGUUGUAUAGGUUAUACAAACAAAUACCCCCGUGGAUGGUUAUGUAAGAAGAACUUUUUAUCUUAUCUUCUUGCUAAUGUUCAUUAAUAUGUGUACAGAUAGAUAGGUGAACCAUAUGACAUAUGGUAAUACUAGAUUAUCCCAUGGAAACGUUUUAAUUUUUCAGCGUCACACCAAUGAUAAUCUUAUGAACUGCUGCCUUACCUACUGCCUUAAACAUAAUUUUGAAAACAUUAAGAGCAAAAUCCGCACAUUUGGAUAAUCCACAUAUGAAAUUAUUUGAGAAUUUUUUUUAAAGUUUUCGGGUAUUUUCAAGAUAUUAUUUUGGUGUGAAAACAGCUCUUUUUUAAUAUACAUGUUUUAAUAGCCACAUUCAACACAUAAAGCUGGUAUUUUAUUGUAACAACAGAUAUUUUCUUAAUUAUGACAUUUUACGGGUGACAUACCUAUCCGAUGAUUUUAUCGAACAUUUUACCUCCACUUUGAAAUGAUAUAUACCUUCAUCUCAUGUAUAUGUAUUUUGUUUGACUGUUCAGCUUAUUGCAUUAUGUAUAAUUAUGAUAAUAAAUUGCUUAAUAAGA